AUGAAGUUCCUCACAGCAUUGUUAAUACCUCUUCUCUACUCUACUUCUGCGUAUGCAGACUUUGCCGACGACGCCUUCACUGCCAUCAAGCUUCUACAAGAAAAAUGGUACAACUACGAUACUGGAUUAUGGAACGACUUAUGGUGGCAGUCUGGCAACAUCAUUGAGACUAUCGCUCGUUUUGGUAUCCAAGAUGCUGCCUUCAAAGAGUACGCCCUCAUGAUCGUCUCCAACACAUUCGCCAAAUCCCCCAACCAACAUGGCGCGACUCAGUGGAGAAAUAAAUUCUACGACGACGAAGGCUGGUGGGCCAUGGGCUGGAUAGCCUCCUACGAUCUCACCGGCGACGUCAAGUACCUCAACGCCGCCAAGGACAUUUUCGAAGACAUGACAACAGGCUGGAAUACGCCCUGCGACGGCGGUCUCUGGUGGUCCAAAGAUCGCGACUACAUCGCGGCCAUCUCAAACGAACUCUUCCUCUCCGUAGCCGCCCACCUUGCCAACCGCGUCGAUGGCCAGCAAAAAGAAGACUACACCAACUGGGCGCAGAUGGAAUGGGACUGGUUCAAAAAAUCCGGAGUAAUCAACUCGGACUCAUUGAUCAACGAUGGCAUCGAUCCGGCUACAUGCAAACCCAAAGGAAUAACCUUCACCUACAACCAGGGUAUCGUUCUAGCUGGUCUCUCCGAACUCGCCCGCGCGAAAAACAAUGGCGAUUACAUUAAAGAAGCCUACACGCUUGCUGUGGCCUCGACAAUCAAACUCAGUGAUGGUAGCGGUAUUCUCACCGAGCCUGUUGGCGGGUCUCUCGACCCCGUUAGUUCGCAGUUCAAAGGCGCGUACGUGCGCGGUUUGUCAACGCUUUAUGAGAAUGCGCCGCAGCAGGGCGUCAAGGACUUCUUCUACAGAAACGCGAACGCGGCUAGGAGUCAGCCGAGGGUUGAUGGAGGUGUUAUUGUGGAUUUGUGGCAGGGGCCGAGUAGCAAUGGUAAUCCGAGUACCCAUGCGAGUGGGAUCGAUAUUAUGGUUGCUGCGGCUUUGGCCGGUGAUCCGUAG